AGCCAUGAUAAAUGCGGCGGCAACCACUAAACAAGAAAAAUAACUUGGAUGAGUUAUAUUUAAGCAAAUAUGUUAGUUCAGCGGUAACAAAUUCUUCUUUCAUGAGCUCUACAGCAGCAACUCAAUAAUCUGUUGUUUUUCUUUUUUUAGUCAGCGCCAAAGUUGCUUAAUGGAGAGAGUUCUAAUGAAAAACAUACACAAAUCCAAGGCUGGUAAGGCUAGGGAGAAGACUUUGUCCGAUCAAUUAGAGGCUGAGCAGGGAAUGGCUAUGAGAGAAAGUGAAAGUGUGAAUGGUUGGGACCAGAGCAAGGAUUCUUCCACUACAAGACCGCACAUUAAAGACUUUGAUUUUAAAGAUGAAGGAUUAUGGAUGGGAACCGAGUCCGUGAACCUCAAGCUCACAUCAUAAAAAAUUUCCCACGCGCUGGCAAUCUGUCACACUGCCAUACCUGAUGUGGAUGAAGAAACAGGGAAGAUUUCAUACGAAGUGAAGCAACAUUUGUGAUUGCUGCAAGAGAAAUUGGUUUUGAAUUCUACAGAAGGACUCAAACAAGCGUGACUCAAUCCAAAGACCAGGAGGAAAGUUGAAAGGGUGCAUAGAGCUCUGAAUGUUUUGGAGUUUAACAGUGCGAGAAAGUGGGAUGCCAGGAUGUCUGUGAUAGCAAGAAACGAGAAGGGUGCAACAACCAUGCAUGGCAAUAUUGAAGCAUUUGGGACAUCUUAGUAAUGAAGGAAUUAUCGUUGAUGAAGCUGAAUUACAAUGCUAUCAACAUCUUCAAAAUCUCUACAAUUCCACUAGAACUGCUAAGCAUUUUCAAAAGAAUAUUGUUCGCGGUGUUGAAGGUUUUGUAUCUGUUAGUUCAAAGCAAAUGGAAAUGUUGAGGAGGUUGGCUGAUGAGUGUUGUAAAUACGGAGCUGAGAAUCAGAAGGAGAACAAUUAUGUUGCGAGGGCUGUUCUUCAGUUCGGUGCCUCGCAUAAUUUGAUGGAAAACGAGAAGGAAACUUUGGUUGGGGUUCUUAAUGACCAGGUUUCUAAGCCACUUCGGGCUUUAAUAACAGGGGCUCCUUUGGAGGAUGCUCGCCGCUUGACUCACCAUCAUGACAAACUCCGUCAAGCGGUUGAAGUCCAGGCAGCUGAAGUAUUGAGGUGUCGGUCAAAAACCAGGGAUUCUGAAAUAUCUGCCGAGAGUUGCACGAAGCUUCGAGCGGCAGAGGCAAGGUUGGCUGAGCUUAAAUCUACCGUGAUGUCACUUGGGAGAGAAGCAACUGCUGCCAUGUCUUCAGUUGAAAAUCAACAGCAACAGAUUACUGUUCAGCGGCUGUUUAGUAUGAUAGAUGCUGAGAGAUGUUAUCAUCAACAUGUUCUUACUAUUUUGGAUAAGCUACAUGCUGAGAUGAUUCUCGAGGAGCAAUUAAACGAGUCUUCACCGCAAUCGGAAACGACACAGAGAGAGAUGAUUGUCCCAUCUGUACAUGAGAAUAAUACUUCAAAUGGAUCUAAGAAUCACAUGGACAAUAAUAAUCAAGAGGACGGGCUUUUCAUAGCAAAAGUCAUACACCCAUUUGAUGCUCAAGCUGAAGGGGAGUUGAGUCUGUCUGUUGAUGAUUUUGUUGUGGUCCGGCAGGUGGCUCCAACAGGUUGGUCAGAAGGAGAAUGCAAAGGCAAGGCUGGAUGGUUUCCCUCUGCCUACAUAGAAAAGCAUGAAAACUCACCUGCAAGCAAGACAAUGGAAGAAAGCUUAACUUCUUGAUCGAAAUUGUUCAUGUACAGAAGAUGUAUAUGUCCUGUUUAUAUUAUAGUCCAAAUCUAUGCAGGAGCGGGCUACCUCGGUGAGCGAGUUAUUGAAAGCCAUUCCUUCUGGCAUGGUUUUAUUUAUUUUUGUGUUCAGGGAAAUAAGGCCAGUGAGCAGCUUGUACUGAAUGUGUACCUGUUCAUCUGUAGUAAAUUUUGUUGGAUAAUAAAACGCGCCCGCUUGGGUUAAGCUAUCUUCUAAA